AUGUUUAUUCGGGGGGGGGACAGAGGAGGGAUCAGUCGAAAAUUGGCUGCCAAUGAGAUGGAUCAUUUAAAUACUACAGAGCCUUAUGAAGAAUCAGGUGAAUCUUUUUCAGUGACACACAGCCGAAAUCCCCCCUCCCCCUCCACUUCAGGCGAUAGAUAAUGACCAGUCUUUUGGCUAGUAGGGCCACACUGCGCAUGCACCAAUCCUUAUUAACGCUGCGAUAAUCGAGAAGCUUUCAAAACAGUUUUACUUUGCUCUAUUGCACCAAACUACGCGUGCGCACAUCACCCGGCAGGUAACACAUUGUUUUGACGACAAAAACCGCUGAGACGUGAAGACAAUGCAUACUGGAAGAAGUAUGUGAAAGAUACUUUGCAAUAUUGGAAGUUUUUGAUAUUAAAUGAAAUUAACUUUAAUUAGAAGUUCCCCACCUGAGAGACACGAUUUGAUAAAAACUACGUUGAGAAUACAACUCUAAAAGCGAAGCUGUGAAUUUGUCGCCAAGAUCCAAAGUUGCCAUAAUUUCAAAACGAAUCGCAUCACUGAAGCGAAAAGUGUAAUUAAGAUUACUCGCAUUUCUUGGUUAAGAAAAUUAAAAACAAUUCAAACCUCUACCACUUAUUUUAAGGUAAAUUUUAUCUUUCGAACUAAGUAAAUUUUGUCAUUAAACGAAUUAUAAAACGAAUUAUAAUAAUUUCCCAAUUAUUUGUUACACUUCGGCUCAAAUAGGAAAGAAAAUUCGCUAGUUUUGGAAACUCAUCAAGCCGUACCCACUUCCUUACUCCUCAAAUAACCAAGUUGUUGUGUCAAAUAUUUCAGGCAAACUUUGCAAGAUGGAAAAUAUUAAGAAAAGUACUUUAUUUAAUUUUCUCUUUAAGAUAGAACUUCAGCAAUUUGUUUAUGGUAAAGUCAAACUAGUUUAGGUUCCUUAAUCUUCUCUGUAAAAUGGAAUACCAAAAUUUAUCUUAGGGUAUACUGAAAAUUAUAAAAUAACACCUUGAACGGGUACUACAUGCUACUGGUGUCCAUAGUGUUGUCUGAAACACAUCAGCGAAGUUUUUGUUUUUACAGUAGAUUUGUUAGGUGGUUUUUAAUUAAACAGGGACGUGGAGGAUAAACAGUAAGGUGAAACAUUACCACUGAAAUUUGUAUCUGGGAGACACUUGUUCAAAGCGUACAACAACUCGGUUAAUGGAUGAUUCUUCAUUUGCCUUCCACUUUUUUUCUACUUUUCUUUUCAGCGUUUGGAUUAUUUUUGACAAUUUGUUUUCAUCUUCCAACGCUCUCCUUCACAACUGAUGUUUACGCUCUAGGCAGAGAGGAAUUCGCUCAGAACAGUAAGUUAGCGGAUCAUAGAGAAGCAGACAUCAUAUAUCUUAUACAAGCACAGAGUUGCCUAUCUGAGCAUUACACUUCAUUUAUAAAAUUAGCAAGUAGCACUAGACGUGACGUUGUAGUUUUGAGUUGGGGCAGACGAUGUCAAGAUUCGUCCACAAAUCUUGGCAGCGUGGUUUACAUUCAAGGAGAGAAUACGUCAUGGAGUUCCGGGCGAAAUUUGUUGUAUCAUUGGGCUUUGCAGAGAAACAGGAGCUAUCUGUACUACGUUUUCCUUGAUGAAGAUAUCGAGUUUAUCUUCACAUCGAAUACGACCCAGGAUAGGGGUUACAAGGAGGGAACUAAACAUCCACUUGAAGCCUUUGAAAACUUUCUUCUGGACUACGAGCCCGCGGUAGGUCUGUGCAAUUAUUGCAGUCGUUGUGGGAAACUUGCGGAAAACGGUUCUUAUUAUGUACCUGCGCUUUGUUGCUCGCCGCGCCCUGCAACUGGAAAUCUCCCGCCGAUUUUACCGGUUACAAUAUCUUUUGACGCCGCUGUAAACGCGUUUCACACCAAGGCAGUUCAACAUAUUCUACCUUAUAGACUGGACUACGAGGAGAUAAGCUGGUGGGAGAGCCAAAAAUAUGUUAUUUUAAAGUCAGAUAUUUUAUUUCGCGGUCAAGUUAUACGCUAUACGCCGGUGACUGCCAUCAACAACGAACACAGGGAUUAUCCUCAACGUCCAAUUGACAACUGGGAGGAUAUAUUGCUCGAUAUUAGGAAAAAUGUGCCACACAAAUAUCAGAAUCAAAGCAUUUUCAACAUGAAACUGGAAGUUGACAUGAUUCCAAUUAUCUCUGGGAAUUUCCUUUUCACACCAUCAUGGAAUAUUUCAAUUCCUGGUCCUAAAGUACCUAUUCAACCAUACAGUCAUUUUCACAAAUAG